UUCAGGUUGACCAUUCAGAGAAUGCCACGUGCCUACAUGACACCCACUUGGCCAAUCUGAAGUCACUGUCCAUGUGGAAAGUGGGAAGAGGAUGGAUUUCCUACUCUGACUCUGAAUAUAAGACUCCAGAGGGGCCGGGGAUUGCCUUUGCUGUCACCUGAGACACUCCACUGAGAAAGAAGUCAGUCCAAAGAAGGGCACAAGAGAGUCGUGGAGGCGAGAGUCCGUCUCUAGAGGAAAAAUGACAAGGAUGCUGCUCACCGCACACCCCCUGCUCCUGCUGCUACUGCUGCUGCAGUCAUUGAAGCCGUUGCAGUUUUUCAGGGAGGAAUCAAAUUUUUAUUUACCUCCUGAUGUAGAAGAAGAGUUUGAAGAUUAUGUGGAGGAAGUUUUGGGUACAGGGGCUACCCGACCACCUACGAAAGAGAAGUUCAUAAGGUUUACCAUUAUUCAACCUGGAAGACCAUUAUUAGAUAAUUACUAUUGUACUGAUACAAUCAAGGAUAGAAAUGUUCACCACAGGUUUAAGUGUGUGAAGGAACACUACUUUCUCCUGACCCCAUAUGAUGAGCUGAAACAGUCUUGUCGCCACAGAUAUGUGCAAUGUAAGAAUGGAGUUAGGAAAUGUAACAUGAGCAAGAAUCUAGUAGAAGGACUUUACUGUAAGUUAAUAGCAGGAACCCAGAUGCCAGAGUGCACGUUUGAGUCAACUUAUAAGAGGGGAUAUGCCUUUAUCACUUGUCAAUGGGAAGAUAGAAUCCAAGAGCUUGUUCCUGAUAAUGUAGAUGAUAUUAGCAUGCCAACUGAAAAUGAAAUCGAGUCAGAUGAUUAUAUUUUACCAGAACCAAUUGACCCUUCAGAAGACGACCUGGGUUGGAGCGUAUCACCCUCUCCACUGUGAUCCUUACAGAUCAAGUUGAGAAAUGGCCAUUUUGAUUCAAUUCAUGGUAAUCAUCCACUUCCUCACUUCCUCCCAUGUUCCCUUAUGCUACCUGAGUACAACAUCAGUUUCACAGAUACUGUUCUGAGAUGUGGCCUCAUGCCAGUCACACGUGUUGGCAUAUUUUAAAUAUUUAUGUGCAUGAAAGCCUGCAGUGAAAGGACAACCACACCACAAGGAACAGGAAACCCUUGCCUGAAGUUGCUCCAAAGACAUAAUUGUGUGAUUCUGUAGUUCAUCAGAAAGAUUAAAGUGCUUCAACCUAG